AUGGCAUCCACAACAACCGAGAAGGGCGAGACCACUACAGCCGCUGUCGAUACCACUUUGGGAGAAACAGUUGACACAGAGUCAGUACAGGUCACUUCCACCAACAACGACCCCUCCCCAAAGACCGACAACAACCCUUCCUCAACAUCAACCACUAAAGCCAGCAAUGAACAAGAUAAGACAGAGGGAGGAGCGCCCCAAUCAUUACAGGCGUUCACCUCAGCUGUCUUCUCAGGAGGUUUUAACGCGCCCAAGAUCAACACCUCGUCCUUUUUUUCGUCAAUGCGGUCGACACUCUCCAGCACCAAAUCGCCUGCUUCGUUGGUCCCGCCUCAGGUCGACAUAAAGAACUUGCAGGCGAGCACGGAGCAACUUGCCAACACGACCAAGGACUGGGGUGUCUCAGCCUUCAAGUCACUCAGCAGUGCGGCCCAGCGUGUGGGCGUCAACGUCACCCAGGGCAUCCAAAAGGAGCAUGAGGAAUUUGUUAAACAGAAAAAAUUGGAGAAUGCGGCGCCCAAGCAAGGCACAGAGGCGGUGCCGGCAUGGGCAGGAUUACCGGACGAGGACCAGUUCAAAUCGCGCAUCCUCAGUCUAUCCAAGGACAAGCGCAACUUUUUGCUGCCACCACCCCCAGGAACAGACUUUGUCUUCGACAUGAAGGUCUACUCCUCAACAGCAAUGGCGACCCUGAAGGAAGACCCCAACCUGAACAAGAUGCGCUUUUACCUCGUCCCCAAGGAAAUCGAGGAACUCGUCUUUUGGCGGAAUUAUUUUUACAGGGUCACUCUCCUCAAGCAGGUCGCCCUCUCGACCGCCGGGUUGGACUCCUUCUCGGAAGGAAUUUCAGAUUCAGCAUCAGAAGGCAGCGGUGGCGCGGAAGGUGGUGGGAGCAACAGCCCCAGGCAUGGUCGGACCUUGUCGUCGUCUGUACUGGGGUAUAACAUCUACUUUGGCAAGGAUGACGUUGAGGGGCCUCCUAGUCGAUCCAGACCCGUUUCUACAAUCGUCAAGGAUUCCAGUUCUCCAUCGACAACUACGACAACUACGACGACAACAACAACCACUACAAAGGAGUCUGGCAAAACUGCAGUCAAAAAGGCGGUCGAGAAGAAGCCUGAGGUGCUGUUUGAAGCCGAGAUGCCAGACCAUGAGGAAGAUCCAGACGCAUGGCUUGAAAAGCAACUCGCCUCGGGAGUGUCCAUUGGAGACGGAGACGACGCAGAUGUUGAUGUGACUGACUGGGAGAAGGAGUUGCAGAACGAGCUCAAGGACUAUGUCGAGGGAUCGUGA